AUGUUAUCUACCACAGUAUCUCCUUCCCUUGACUACUUUGCUCACAUCCGCCACCUCAACCUCCGACCAGAGGCCAUUGUGCCGGAUCACUUUUGGCCACAAGGAGAGCCUCCACCAGAUGCAUUUGCGUGCAUGCAGGGACCAGAGUUCUCGCAAAUACACUGGACGUACAGCUUCUUGCAAUCUCACAUAUGGCGUUUUGAUCUCACCUGUGAGCCUAUCCAAAUGUACUACCGAGCUGUUCUUUAUCGCGAGAUCAAUUGGCACCUCACCGUUGGGAUCCUCGAGCAGCUCAAAUCGAUCUCCAUUUCGUUGUCCGACCUCGAUCGCUUCUACGGUAUCAUGAGUCGCCUGGGCAGUCUGGAGCAUAUGGAGUUCAUCUUGGACGUGGCUAUCGAUUACAACUGGGACUAUUUCGGUGGCGUGUCAAGGGAACUCAUGAGCUCGCCAAAAGCAUGGGAGGUGGACCUAAUGCCAGCUAUGAUUCAGUUUGUCAAAGACCACACUCAACAAUUCCCAGGCCGUCUCAGGACUGUGUCCUACUCCAACGGUGGUUUGUGGAAUGAUCUAGAGCAGAAGUGGCCCGAGGAGACCAAGCUUGAAAUCCUUCGGUUGCUACCACCUCUCAGGAGCCCGACAUCCCUACACAGAGACAAUGUCCAGCAUGUCACCCUUCACUUCGACUCGACAGACGUCAGCCACGUUCAAGAAAUUUAUUGCUCUCGGUCAUUCUCGUCUAGACCUUGGUUUGCUGCUUUCCGCAACAAUCUGCAUCUCAUUCAGCGCUGUCGGGCACUUAAAAGUCUGGAUAUGGAUACGCACGGACCAGGGACGUUUAAAUGGGCUGUCCAGGAAAAGAAGGCUUUGAGCAGUGGAAAAAAGGUCUCGUGGUUGGAUAGGAGUCGAUCUGCGUAUUUGUAUCUAGAGCACGGUCUAGUGUCACUGGAGGAAGUUCACCUCAAAGAAGGGGCAGGAGAACCUCUCACGGAUGAGCUUGAUGACAUUGUCUUCGCAUUCGAUCAGACACUGAAGAGCAUCAAGUUCUCAUCCAUGUACCUGUCAUCGCUUCCUUCUCGACCGAUUCACCUUGGACGAGGAUGGGUGGAGAUUGCUGCAUUGGAGCACCUUUCAUUCUACACCAGACGACUUGUAUUGGACCGGCAUUUUUUCAAGCUUUGUCCAAGUCUCAAAACUGCGCGCCUGUAUGAUGGUAGUGAUCCAGACCGCUGCCAGGACGUCACAACAUGUCUCCCAGCGGAUCUCCCCAGUCUCGAGUCUUUGACUUUGAUCGGAUGGUGCGCUUUUCAACUCCACCCAGAGACGUUUCAUUCAACACCGAAUCUCCGAGAACUGACAGUGGGGUCGAGAAAAAAGGGAGAUCUGAACUACUUUGCUCCAGCCACUGAUGCACCACACGGGGGGUUUGACUUUCAGGACGAAGCUACUGAAACCAUCAUGUCGACCCGAGCAAGAGCAGCUGAGAUUGUACGGACUCUUUGGACCUGGGACUGGCAUCUACCCAGCCUGAACCACCUUGCCUUGACAGGCGAGUUUGCCUACCAGUUUCAAUUCCGCAUGCUCAAUGAAUGCCCUGCAGUGGAAAAGUUAGAUCUGAACAAUAAGACAUAUGACGGACGACUUGACCGGGUGCUAUCAUAUGCUGACCUUUUAUUGUCUGGCAACAUCAAGUCCAAUGAUGACAGCCCUGUAGGCACCCUGCUACAGACCGUUGUUGCGCCAGCUCUACAGAGUCUACGUCUGAUGGGCUCUUGGAGAAUCGAUGACUCUCUCCUCCCACAGUUCUUGACUGUCAUGACGCCAAACCUCGACACUCUGGAUGCAUUUGGGUUAAAAGGGUUCACACUCAAGGCACUGGCGGAUGUAGUCAAAAUGCAGCCCAAUACGAUCAAGAAGGUGUAUUUCCGCCGUCCUAACCCCUCUUCCAAGGACAGUGUUAUUGAUGCAGGACUUUUAUAUCACGUCAAUGUAAAUUCAAUGAAGAGACAGGAGGAGGCUCGACUUGUGAGAGUCCAUUUCGAUGAGGCGACAUAUUUUGUCAUGAAGGAUCCUGCUGUUGUUAAUGAUGGAUCAGAAUAA